UUCAUUCACGUCAAUCCAAUCAAGUCAAUUUCUCCGUUUUUUGGUGUGUGCGACGAUGAAUUUAUAGUUUCUUCUAUUAUUUGAGGGGUUUCAGAAUUGAGAUUAGCAUCGUUAUUAACCGUAUAAUGCAGUGAUGUGUGUUUUCAUAAGGAUAUAAAGAUGUUAGGCGUUGAUCGACGUUUAUAGUGGUUGUAUUAAUUGGUAUUGAACUUGCUUUUACCAGCUCGAAAUUUUAAGUAAGCACGAUGUUUGCGAGCUUGAAGAGUAAAAUAAAGGAGGAGACAGGCAGUGACCUCAGCAAGCUGACUAGCAGUUGGCGAACAGGUGCUUUCCUUGGCCGUAUAUCUCUCAGAGAUGAUUCAUCAACAGCAAGUCCUUCAAGUUCAGGAGGACCUGGAGAUUCUACAUCGGAUUCAAUAUCCCCACAACUGGAGUCAUACCUUACGGAGAGAACGGGUGGGCAAGUGGAUCAGACAGCUCUACACCUUGAGGCGAAGCUAAGAGAGAGAGAUGCUUACUGGGAACAGAAAAUAGAGGAGCUAAAACUAUCUCUUUCAUCAGCACAGGGCGAAGAAGCAGCGGCGGCGCAAGCGGUGGCCCGCGCGGCGCAAGCGGAGGCAGCUAAGGCGACGACUGCGCGAGACUCCGCCGAGAGGCAGCUGGCCGAGCUGAGGGAGCGACUGGCCGCCGUCGAGCGGGCACAGGACAGGCUCGACACUGUUACUGUGAGUGAUCAGUCAAGUUACAGCACUUCUUGUGCUGUGUAUAAGGCGACGACUGCGCGAGACUCCGCCGAGAGGCAGCUGGCCGAGCUGAGGGAGCGACUGGCCGCCGUCGAGCGGGCACAGGACAGGCUCGACACUGUUACUGAGGAAUUAGAGCAGGCCCGUCGGGAAUGGGCCCGCGAGCGGGGUUCUCUAACCGCAGCAUUAGGCGAGGCAGAUGCAAGGGCCCGGGAUUUGGCGGGUGAAUUGGCGAUAGUCCGGGCCGCAUUGCCGCCCGAGAACCCGCAUCACCACAUGCACGACGAUGACAAACGCGAAGUGACUCCGUCUGGAUGCGAAGACUACGACCGCGUUUGUCGCGAGCGAGCUGUGCUUACGAGACAGCUGCAAGAGGCUAAGAUGGCGCUCGCCGACGUCAAAACUUCCUGGAGCGGACAGAUCGCGUCCCUCGAGACACAGGUGGCGCGACUAUCGCGCCAGGCGGGGGAAGAAGGCGCGGAGAGGCGGAGAGUGGAAAUGGAGAAGAAAGAGAUGCAAGAUAAACUAGUCAACAUGGCCGCUGAAAUCGAAAAGACUAAACAGAAUUUGAUCAAUAGUGAAGCUAAGGUGGUGCGUUUGAACGGCGAGGUUCACUCCCUGGCUUUGGAGGUGAAGGCGCUUCGGUCCGCCGCGGGACACGCCGGCGAAAAGACGAUGGAACUAGAGAGCCGGAUAGAAGCGCUGACCGCGGAGAAUUUGGAGCUGUCAUCGGCUUUGGAGAACGAGCGGACUCUGGUGAAGAUCCUGCGUGAGAAGGUGGAGAAAGCUCACCGGAGGAACGAUGAGCAUCAGGCCGAGGCGUGUCGGCUCAGCGCGAUGAUAGCUGAUAUGCAGCACGACUGCGACCGCAUGCAGAAGAACUACGAUAAAGAGAAACGCGAGAAAGACGAGGCGUUACUACGGAACGCGCACAUGUCGCAGAGCAUAGAAAUGAGCCAGUGCAACGUGCGCUACCAGGAGACUGAGAUCACCGACCUCAAGGCAAAAGUCGUAGAGCUCGAGACGCUCAUAGCACAGCAUAAAGAGAAUCAAGCGGCAUGUAUGUUAAUAAAAGAAAACGAAGAAUCGCGAAAGUCAGAGAUAGAAGAAUUGAAAAGAAGAAUGAACGAAAUGGCGGAGAGCGAAAGUACACUUAAAAAGACUAUACAAGACUUAGAAACUGAAAUCUGUGAUAAAAAUAAGAAAAUAAAAACCCUAGACAAUCGGAUAGCAGACAUGAAGAAGACACUGCAGCGCGAGCUGCAGAGCAGCAAGUCAGAUCUCACCACCGCCGAGGAGCAGGACAUUAGUAGACGAUACCUAAAACACGUGGUCCUCCGCUUCCUAACUGCGCGUGAGUUGGAAGCGCGGCAACUAACUCGAGCGCUGUCAGUUCUACUGCGUCUAUCGGCGCACGAAGAAGCUUUACUACGCGCUGCGUUACCACCCCGCUCUGGAUUAGCUGCCUGGCUGCCCUCCAGAAACACCUGAUGCGUUACUUCUAAUUUGGACCCUAGGACCAGUGGGUAAAGACUAAAGCCCUACAUUUACUCAGAACACCAGUUUUUUAGUGCCACGCCCCGAAAUGCGCUUUAAUAGACUAUAUCUUGGUUUGAAGCGUGCGCCGUCUUGUAAAUCUCAAAUCGUUAUCGUUGAAACGUCAAACGAAUUCGUUGUAGCGAAGUAAGUGAUAGAUAAAAGCCCUAACAUUUAUUUGUGAUUUAUGCCACGUCUCGGAAGCGCUUUAAUAGAAUAUAAUUUUAUUCGACGCGUAUUGUAAAUCUUGAUCCGUGGUCCCUAAGAUGGCGAUUCGUUGACCAUAUUUCGAAGUUAGUGAUAACAAUAAUAGUUUCCGAUACAGGUUAAAAUGUUGUUGAAGUAGUAACAAAAGCUUACUUAGUUUGUUACGGGUGCUUCUAUAGAUUUAAUUUGAGGUGGAUAAGGAAGCAGGAAUCCUUGGUGCAGUAUAUCCAGCGAAUUCCAUACUCACAUUUUGUAUUGUUGUGUGUUCGUUUCCUUUGAAAUCACUUAAGCAGAUUCAAUUAAUUAUAGAUUUGUCAAUGUCCAUAUUAUGCUAAUGAUAGAAACCGUUGCAAUCCAGUUCACAUUACAUUCUCCAAAUCUCAGCUGAUCCACACCGCCGGUUUUCGGCGGUUCGGCGGCUUAAAUGUAAAGCGCUUUAAAGAACAAUUUGUAUGUAUGUAAUUUGUGUAAAGUAGAAAAUACGACGAGUAAUAGAUAGUAUUGAAAUAUUUGGCGAAAGACAUUAGGUAACAUGUUAAAGUGAGUGUUCCUGAUAUUAAGUGACAUACAGUUUUUUAAAGUAUUAUUACAGAGUAUUAUAUGGGCACCGUGCGUUAAGUGAUGCCACAUCGUGUAACAAAUUGCUAGAAACAACUUUAUUUGUAAGAAAUUGGUUAAAUUUUCACUGACUAUGAUUUAUUUCGUAGUUGUAUCUAUUUAUGUAUCAUAUUUUAAUGUCCAUAGUUUGUUUAUUCACGUUCUCCCUUGACCUUGCUGCCAGAUUUUUUUAUGUAUUCCUCAAUAUUUAUUUAUUAUGUAAUAAUUAACUUAUCACACUAACCAUCCAUGGUAUUUAUACUGGCGGCAGCAUAUUCAUCAUGUAUUGUGAAAAACAACUCAAAAUCAUGAACUAAAUUAAUUUGCGAAUAAUUAAGAUAAGUAAAGUUGUUUAGUGAGCUUUAGGUAUAGUUAGUUAUAGAUUUAAAUCAUUGUUAUUGUAACCAUAAUUACCUAUGUAUUGGAAGAUUUAUGGAAGUUGCCUUAAUAGUUGCUAGUCAUUUUGGCGUGUGGUCGUUAUAAAUUUCGAAUUUUUAUUAUUUUUCCUUUGUUUUUCUUAAUAAUCGUAUAUUUCUUUGAAAACUGAAAGUCUUACGUUUAUUUAUUUUUUGUUUAAAUAUGAAAUUAUUGUUGUAACAUGGAAGGAUUUGAUUUUUAAUGCUUUUUCUGUUGUGAAGGAUAGAGGUGAAAAAACACUGCCCUAUGGUACUCCACUUAAGCUGCAAAUAUGCUACUGACUAAGAAAUAAGUAGGUAACUAAGUACAUAUAAUAAUGUUGUAACUAUUUCGACGAUCUGUACAUAGUCUUAUUUAUAUUAAUGACCCGUCGCAUUUUCAAAAUAAUUAUGCCUAAAGAUAAAAAGACAGUUUAUGUAGUAAUGCACUUGGGUCCUGAAUGGAAUGAUAAUACAUGUUAAUUUCGUUUAAU